AUGUUCUUCCUCAAGCACCUCACACACAAGACCGAGCUCCAUCCGUCGUACUUCGGACCUUCGAUGGUCGAGUUUCUCAACCAGAAACUUCGUGAUGACGUCGAAGGCACUUGUACAGGCAAACACGGCUACAUCAUCAAAGUGAUUGGUCUGGUCGACGUUGGUCAAGGCAAAGUGAUUCCCGGAUCUGGACUCGCCGAGUUCAACUCGACCUACCAAGCCGUCGUGCUGAAACCGUUUAAAGGGGAAGUGAUGGAUGCAAAAAUCACCAACGUCAACAAGAUGGGCUUCUUCGCCGAAGUCGGUCCGCUGAAUAUCUUUGUCUCGAGCCACUUGAUACCAAUCGAGUACAAGUUCCAGCCCGAAAGCAACCCGCCCGAAUUCGUCAGUGCAAGCGAUAGGUUGGUCAAGGGCAGGAAGGUCAGGAUCAAGAUCGUAGGUACUAGGGUAGAUGCCAACGAGAUCUUUGCUAUCGGUACAAUGAAGGAAGACUACCUGGGUCCGUUUGAUUAA